AUGGAGGUGGGGCAUCCCUGCACCGUGCUGAUGUCAACAUCUGGACCCACCACAUGCUCAGUCAGCGUGCUGAAGAGCAUGGGUAGUGGCGAACUUCCUGUGCCAAAGACCGCAGAGGAAGGCGGAGGGAAGAUGAAGGUGCCUGUGGUCAAACCGGACGGAACGACAAGCGAGCUUCUCGUGCAGACAAAGCCUCUUCCGACCAAGUCGGGAGAAAUGGACGAUGGCGCUAAGAAAAUGCAGGAGCAGGCACGCGAAACCGUCCAGGCAGGUGCGGAGAGGAGGGUUGAAGGGCCAGGGCAAGUAUGUCAGCCUAAUGUCGGAAGUAGCCAGAAGUGCAAGCUGCAAAAUGUGGCCCAGUCGGAUAAGACUGACGCUCGAGUCGCGAUGAAUGGUGCAAGCUGA